UUUGUCGCAUAAUGAUGUACAUUAUUUUAAUGCAAGCUCUGACAUUGCGAAUAGAAAUUCAAAGAGAAUAAAUGAAAUAUCAAAGGAGGUUCCGCGCAUGUUCCCUUGAGAGAAAGGAGACAUGUGCACGAUAUAACAUCACAAAAAAUCAAGUGAAAUCAAAUAAAAAUAAGAAUACAUAGAGUCACACAAUUGACAUCGCAUGAGCAUGGACUUCCAAAAUGUGAAUCUUCUAAAUAUUCGACUAAAUUUACUCUCAGGCAAUCUAUUACCGAUGACCAAUCUCAAUUCGUCUUUUCCAUUUUUCUGGAAGAUACACAGUAUUUUUACGUGGAUGCUUACGACGAUCAUGGCGAUACUGAUAAUACCCGGAUGUAUUUACGUAUCAAUAGAAAAGGCUCUGAAAGACGGCAUGAUCUGUUUGGCAAUCUUUACAGAAAUGUCUUUCAUGAUUCUACGAAUUCACUCUCGUAAAGAUGUAGUGUACGAAUUAAUUCGAAAAUUAAAUGAAAUUUUGCACACUGCCGACGAAGCCAUGAAAAAUGUUGUGACAGCGACUUUGGAGCCAGUAAGGGUUCCGCUCAACUUUUACUGGUCCGGUGGCGUGGCAUCGAUAAUAGUGUGGAUCUGUAUGCCACUUCUGUUGGUAUUUGAGAGGAAUUUAUUCUUUUACGAAGAUUACAGAAUACCUGUUGUUUUCUCCGUGCAGCCAUUCUCAUUCAAAAUCUUCUUACUAGGAAGUCUGUUUUUAGUGAUCGGCUCGAUAUUUUUGUUCUUAAAAAAAGUUGGCGUUGAUGUGUACAUGGUGCAUCUGAUUUUAAUGAUGACCGCGCAAUAUCGAUAUAUCGCGACAAAGAUAGCGAUAAUAUUUCAAGAAGAGUAUAACAGUGUUGAAUCUCAAAAAAAACAUCUCUCUGGACUAGAUCGCAGAAAAGAAAAGAAAAUAAAGGCGUUGUGUCGACAUCACAAUGAAAUAAUAUAUACAACAUCACUAUUAAAAAAACUGUUGUCUUUGAAUUUUAGUUUAAUAUAUGUAAUCAGCGUCUUUCGAUUCUGCUUUCUCGGUAUUAUGUUAAGUAGCAUAACAUCGACAACAUUUUGGGAAGCAAUUUUAAUUGUCAUAUACUCGUCAGGUGCAGUAGUGCAACUUUACAUUUUAUGCUCUUGUGUGCAGCAAUUACUAGAUGCGAGUACAGAAAUGACAGAUAAAGCAUUUCACGAAAAAUGGCAUUUGUCUCAAUCAUCGAUGAAACGUAUAUUUAUUUUGAUAAUUAUGGCCAAUAAUCUAGAAUGCAAAGUUGCAACAUUUGAAAAAUUCAAUCUUUCCUUGCCUUCGUUUAUGAUGAUUUUAAAUCAGUCAUAUUCGAUUGCUCUUUUGUUUCUAAGAGUCAAAUCUUAA